AUUGUGUCUGAACAUCUUUGGAAGCACAGAGUGAAGAUUGUUUAUCAGCUGUUCUGACUGUAAAUCAUAAGUUUUUCUCAUUGUAUUUUAUCUAACAUUACAUUUCUCUCUGUUGUUUUACAUGAUACUUCUCACAGCGAUACAGGAGCAAUCUGGAGCUCCACAGAGGACAGAACAGACAGUUAAAGACGUCUGUGUUUAUCAGAGAGACAUAAAAUGGACAGAAGAUGAGAGAAAGAAAAUGGAGAAAUCUGUUCUACUGACUGCUUCUUCAGAGGAGACUUUGGAGGUCUUCAUUCCAGAACUAGUUGAAAACUAUGCUGGGAAUAAGAACAAAGAUGAAUAUAGGUUCCUCUGCCAUCAUGCUGGUCAGUUUAUGUGCAAAUUGACCAAUCUUGUGUUUGAGAUGGAUGGGAAAGGGGAAGUGCUGUACAGAAUAGUGUCCUGGGACAGCGGUUACUUGGAUGGACUAGGACAACUGCAGCCUGCAGGACCUUUGUACAGUAUCUCCUGCCAUGAAGGCUCUAUCCGUCAUCUGCAUCUACCACAUUGUGAGAUCUGCACAGAUGAGGUUAAAUUGAGUGCAGCACAUGUGACUGGUGGUAAUGUGGAACUUAUUCAGCCACUAAAAGUAACAAACACACAUGUCAUCAUAGACAUUCAAGGUCUCUCCUUAUACGGCCUCUUGAAAUAUUUUCCUUUUUUCCGAGAAUAUCCCGUCACAGCCCAAGUGAUUUUGUUCUAUAAAAAAGUAUGUGGAAAUUCCAGGAAGAGUAAACUGCAUAUGCAUCUUUUGCCAGGCAAUGUGCCAGUUGAAGAGGUGCACAAACGGCAUAGGAGCAUGACGUACAUUGAGACAAGCUCCAACUGUGAACUGACUUCUGGCAAAAAAUACAGGCCAUGUUGUAAAGAUACUGACCAUGAAUAUGUAUUACAACCCACGAUUGAGAAGUUUGAAUGUGACUAUGGCCCAAACUAUCAUCCUACAUUUGAGAUGUUCUGUAAAACUGAGGUUGAUGAAGUCACUGUAGGUCUUUUGGAUGAAAAUGACCAGGAAGUUUGGGAGCCCCGUUUGGUCUUGCUUGCAGGUACAGAUGCAGCCACACCCACAUCAGAUACCACAGGUGCUGACUUUAUGGAUCGACACAUGGAACAUCUCAUUCAGAGAGUUUCUUCGGUAAUGGAGAUAGCAGACUGUUUAAAAAGCAAGAUGAUGAUUAGUGAUGAAAAGUACAAUAAAAUUCAUGCAGCAUCAACAUCAUGUGAGCAAAUGAGGCUCCUGUACAGUUCUCUCAAUACAGGAGGAAGAGUUGUGAAAGCAGAAGCCUAUAAAGUCCUUAAGGAGAAACAGCCUUACUUAGUGGAUGAAUUGAGUCUGGAUUGAUCCUCACAAUUUUAAUUUCACAAUUUUAAUUGUAUAGACAUUAAGAUGUUUUAUAUAUAUUUUUAUGAUUGGGUUUUUAAUUUGUUAUACAGUAUUUCCUAACAGUUAAGAGUAUAUCAUAUGUAGAACAGCAUCAUAAAUCGUCGCUGUCGGGCGGAAACCUCCUAUCUCCAAAUUUUGUCAAUUUCAUAUUUUUUCGUAUAUCGAUGCUAUUGUUCAGUCCCCACGUGGUUCUGUUAUUUUUACAAGUUAUUAACCAAUCUAAAGUCUUGAAAAUAGCUUGAGUGCAAAUCUCAUAACUCCAUUGGACACUUCAACUGUCCACCUCUUCCUCACUCCGUGGGAGAGCUUCACGGCAUAUUUCUCCUCAAGAAAAGUCGCAACGAAUCAACACGUCUUCUGAGGUAAAUGUCUUCAAAACACUGGACUCAAAGAAAAAAAAAUCUUGACCCCCGCUAGUUCUGGUGCUCGUCUGAGGACAGGAAUUUAGCGCAAGACAAUCCAUUGCAACGCGGACUAAACCCUGUGCACUGCAGAUAAGGUACGGCGUUUUUUUAAUUUCCUGAAAAAUAAUGCAUUUAUUAUAGUAUUUUGCACUCCAGUGGUUUGGUGUUAUGCAAGUUGCACCACAUAUUGACAUAUCUUCUAUAUUGCAUAAUUUAAUAGCAAUAUCUGAAUCUAUGAACUGAGAAAGGUUCAUGUGGAUAUGUAACCUUUAAUGUUUACAUUAAUUCACAUCUUAAAUGUUUUUUUUUUCUUACUUUUGUUUUGUUGGUUUAAGGUGAAAAAAGGUUAAAAAAGGUGAAAAAAGAUCUCACAUUACAGGUGAAAAAAUAACUCACAUGAUUUAUCUUAUAUUUAUUAUCUAAAUCACAAAAAAUCUAUAGGUUUAAAAGGGGUUUAUAGUUUUAUCAUCCAUUAUAACUUGAAAUGAAACUUUAAUUAGAAUAUGUUUACUUUUCUUAUUAUUCUUCUAAUUUGAUUGGUUAGUAUUUCUUUUCUAUUAGGUUAGGCCAUGUUCACCUAGGGGAUAAAAGGGGUUUAGUUGUGUCAGCCCAGAAUGCACCUGGGUGGGCCUAUUUUUUAUUUUUUUUUUAAACCAGUUUUGUCAAGCCAGUUGGGCACAAGGAGCAGGAGAUGCAAGAUUGUUUGUUUGCCUGCAAACCCUUUAAUAAAGCUCACCAAACAUGU